UUGAAAAAUGUAAGAACUAUUGGCUUAAAAAUACGCAGAAUUAUCAUAAAACACAAUAGACAAUGUCGAAUUUUCUAAAGCAGGUACCUUUAAAUUCUAUUCUGUAGAGGAAUUGUAUAAAGAAAUAUUAAAAAAUUUGAAUGAAGAUCUAUCGAUUGAACAAAUAAAACAAUUGGGAUAGCAAUUUGUAAAUAGUAGAAUUAUAAUUUAGCUGGAAUUUCUAUAAGUAUUAUAAUAGGAUGAGUUUAUUUAAAAAAAAAGAGCAAAGGAGGAAACAUAAGAUAAAGAUUAAUUAUUGCAUAAGGAAUAUCCACAUUUAUAAGAUAAAUUAUUAAAAUUAAAAUAAAAUUGCCAAGAUAUAGAUUAGAACACAAAAAAAAUAAAUGAGACACUUAAAAAAUUACCAGAAUAAGAAGAAGCUAAUAGAAAAUCAAUGAAAGAUAAAUUUUAUGAUGAUGUAAAAGAUGUUAAGGACAAGAUUCAACAAGAAGAGACUGAUGCAUAAAAAUUUGCUGAAGAAAACUUGAAGUAUCAACAUUUUUGAGUAUAUUAUAGGAUUCGCGAAGAUAUGCAAGCAUUAAUUGCAUAAUACGAAUAAAAAGAAAAGGAAUUUUGGGAAAAGGUUAAAUAGAAUGAAGAGGAACAAAAAAACGAUACAAAGAAAUAUAUGGAAUAGUUCGAAAAAAUGCAAAGCGAUGCUUAAAAGGCCAUGCAAGAAAAAUAAUUAAUUUAAGAUGCAUAAAAGUAAUUGAAUGAUAAAAAAAUGAAAUUAUAAGUGUACAAAGGAAAACAAAAUGAAUUUAUUGAAACUUUUGAGAAAUCAACUAGCACAUUUUAAAAUUUAACAGUGGAGUUCCUUAAAUUAGCCUUUAAGGCAAAGGAAGAUGAAGAAAAAAGUAACAUAAAUUAAUAAAGAGCUGAUAAAGCUAAUUUAUUAGCAUUAGAAAUUGCAUAAAAAGUAUUGCUUAUAAUCAUAUUUCAAAGAAUGCAGAUUUAAAAUUAUAAAUAGAAAAUGUUGAAAAAGAAAAAGAUAAAUUAAGAGCAGAAAUCUUAGAACUUAAUAAUCAAAAAAAGCUAUAAGGUCAAAAUUAAUAACAAUAAAAAAUUAAUGGUGAAAAUUGAUUUAUUUUG